CGUUUAUUCAGCUUCUGAAAAUGCAGUGACGUGCCCUGAAUUGUGAUAUAUCGAUCGCCACAUUGGUGUCAAACUUCGCAACUAUAGAUCGUAAGUCUCCAGCCGUGCUACUCCGUUUCUGUCUCUGCGUUUUUUUUUUUUUCAUUUCGUGGCUGGCGAUUCGCUUCGGAAAGCGACGUGAACCGUGAACGAUCGAUUUUUUCCCCCCCUCGAUUCUAGAAAGAAUGCGGGAAACCGCGUUCGAAAACGAAAGUUUGACAGCGUUCAACAUCCACCAGCGUGAAACAGGAAAAGUGAAAGGACUUCAUAGACUUCCCAUACAGGCAAUCUGAUGCUGCCGUUUGUACGUGCAAAAUUACUAUUCUCCGACUGUUUUCUUGACCGACUUCGUGCUGCUGGAAAACGUUCUUGCGUGCAUUUCGUACGUUCGCGCGCACGGAAAUCGUUUUCGCGUCCAGAUCGACGGCCGAUCAGAGGCGUGAACGCGGCCUGUUCGUUUGCCAAUCGAUCGUAAGUCGUAAAUGGCAAAACGGCACCAACAAGGUGGUCAAUUGAAUUGCAAGUGGCAUGUGCAACGCGCAGAAAAGUGCAACGAUCUACGUGACCGUCGACCUGCCGUGUCGAAGCUUGCACGACACGACACGUUUCAAAUUAUCAUUUCGUUCUUUCUCGACGUGCUACGUCCGUCCGCUACGACGUCGCGUUCCCGAGACGCGGCACUUGAAUUAAAAAUAGUUGGACUUGGUGUAAAAACGCCAACGGAAUCUCUGGUAUUGCCACAGAAACACGAGGACGUACCAAGGGGACAGAUUUCGCGGUACGCGGCAGAUAAAACGUUCCCUGGAAGGGAAGAGUCGUCAUUUCCAACUUGGAUUACUUGUAAACAUCAUACAAUAAACGAGUGUUUAUUACAGUGUUGGCCAUUCGAAUGCAUUUCUAAUAAUUCAAAAUCGUAUUGAUCUUUCGUUGUUGAUAUUCUAUUUGAUUUAACGAUAACGAGUUCGACCGAUCGUGUAAGCGUUAACAAUUGCAAACAUUCUUGUCAACUUCCGUGGCCAAGACACAAAUGACGUAAGAAUUUCUAGGUUUUUCAAUGGCAACAGUCAUUAACCCAAGCGUUAUCCAAGCCAUUACGUCGAAACGUCAGACUUUCUAGAAUGACGUGUCCGUCAGUGACAUCAACGAGCAUCCUCGAGUAACAGUCACGCAUACGUUCCAACGAAUUAACUCCGAAACGUUUGCGGGAGAUCUGGCUGACUCCCACGAAGCCCAACACAACACGUGUCUUCGUAGUUUUUGCGCUGGGACGCUUCUUUGUCCGUCGUUUUUACACGUGACAGAUAAAACCAAAGCUGGCAAACAAGCAAAAUAACAUCGCGGAAAUUUGCUCGACAUUCUGAUCUGCAACAAUAUCGGUAGCAAUGAUAGGGACCAAUUGGACGAUGACGUAAAAUGUCAGAGGGAGAUAACAUUUAAAAUUCGAGGAGUGAUCAAGAAGCUCUGUCUGAUUAGAAUUGACAUCAAUAGUACAUUGCGUUUCAUCGAUUCACGACCGAUCGAUGCGCGACGAAACUGCGUUGAACCGGCCGCGAUAUUAAACAGCUUUGCGAUAAUCGUUUAUCAACGAGAAUCUCCGUACGAGAAACCGUAGACUCGGCUUCGCAAUUACCGGUAAGUAACUUGAUUCGGGAUUCGCUGGACGCAAGGCAUUUAUCAUUUCCCGGUAAGUUCACGUGGCGACUUGAAAAGCACCUUAUCUUCCCGUACUGGGUACUUGGCGAUCCAUGGAAUCGAGAUUAGUCACGAAUACAUUUUGACAGAGAGCCGGCUAUUUCUAACGCGCCUCGUGGCUGCGGGGGGGUGCGACCAAUACGCGUAUUUUUAGAAAAUGAUGUUAUUAACCCUUUACGUUGUUUAAAUACACUUCGACAGAAGUAUCCUUUCGUCCGUUCGUUCGAAAAAACAUACAUAUCGCAAUAUAACAUCAUUGGUGGAUUUAAUGUAUUCAAUUUAACGCGCUCGACGAGAUAGAAAAGCGAGGCAAACUUCCUCACGAAAGCAAAUGUAUUCCCUGUUCACAGAAGCGACAUGAAUAAAACGGAACUGAACAUCGUGCUGGGCACCGAGCCGGCGAGGACAUCCUCCAGCGUAAUUCACUCGCACAUUCCGGUGCCUAGGAUAUCGAAUGCAAUUAAAGCUCAAGAAAGGUGUCCCCCGUCCCGCAGGGGUUCCUUCGAAAAGCUGUCCAGAGGAGUGUCGGUGGCCGCUCAAAGGGCGUCCUUCGAGAAGCUCGACGCUUCCGUUCAGCAGCAACGAUCAAGGAACAAUAAUUUGUCGAGCUCGAGCAUCGAGAUGCGGAACACCGAGACUGAGAAACUUGCUCACCAGACUGCGACUGUUAACUGUAAGACGAACGAGCCGGUCGCCGUGGUGAAAUUGAACAGGAGCAAUAGCUUGGAGAGCAAGUGGAAGAACAAAUACGAGGAGUCGGAGAAGAGGAGGAAAUUGUUGCUACAGAAGAGCGAGGCCGCGAGCAAGGAACAUGCUGAUUUGGAGAGGAAAUACCAACAGUUGCAGAAACAAAAUAGCACUUUGCAGUCGCAAGUACAAGAAAAAGAGCAGAAGCUUCAAAAAUUGCGGACAGUGGUACAGACAGAAUCGCGAAUUGAAAAGAAGAUCGCAGAUCAUAACUCAGAAGUUGCUACAAUCGAAUCCGGAGGGCUCGCUGGAUCUCGAGGUACCAGACGAGGUCGACUCGAAUUUCGAAGAUCUUGAUCAGCUGAGAGAAACGGUGAAAGAAUUAAGCAAAGAGAUAGCGAGGCUUCAGACGGAACUGCAUUCCGCUCGCCUUCAAGAGUUCGAGGCCCAAGAACAGGUGACACAUUUGACUACGCAAUUGGACGAGGAGAGAACCCUCAGGCAAAAAUGUGAAGAGAAGGUCAGUGAAAUGAAGAUGCAAAAAGAAAAUAUGGAAAGAGUGACGAAGAUGGUUGCGGAGGAGGUACAAGCGUUGAAGACACAAUGCGAUCGCGAGAGAGAGACCGCCAAGAUUAUGAAGAUAGAAGCCGAAAGGGUACAAAAAGAGAGGAACGUGCUGGCUCAUCAGAGCGCACUCCUGAUGGCGGAAGUUGGCGAUGACCCUAAUGGAAGAUUAUUAACCGUCCUUCAAGAGGUGGAGUCUUUGAAGAGAUUAUUGGAGGAAGAGCAACAGAGUCACGCUUCUCACAUACAAAUGUUGGAGGAGAAAUUAGAGGAGAAAGAGUCGAACGUCGAGUUCGAAAUUGUGGAGGAAAAGUUAAAGCUGGCCGAGUCGGAGCUGGAAGUUGUAACGCAAAGGGCGGAAAGGGCAGAGAAGUCGGUGGAAACUCUGGAAGGAGUAGUUCAAAGUUUGAAGGCGAAAAUCAGUGAACUGGAAGAGAAGCUUUCCAGGCCGCCGCCGCCCCCUUUGCCUCCGCCUCCGCCGCCGCCGAUAUUCAACAACGGUGGACAAUCGACGAUAAAGUUGCUGACAAAGGAAAAAAUAAAUUCGGAACGAAACGCGGUGACCGACAUGGAGAAUAUGCUUGGAAUCACGAAAAAAACGCCAACGGUUGCGCAACAGCCUGAAACAAAGGGAAGAGGAGAGAAAAAGACGACAAGAAGCGGAAAGUGCGCCGCCAGCUGUCUCGGAAAUGUUAAAUAUUUUAGGUACCAUGAGAAGGAGAGCCAAACCGAUAAAGCAGUCGUUAAAAUCAACAGAUUCACCGAUAUAAAGAUAGAUGUUUACAUAAACGCAGAAAACUCGUUUUGAGUUUCGAACAUAAGUUACGUAUUAUUGUUGAGAUAUUAAUCGUGACACGUAAUUUUUUUAAGUAAAGAUCUGUUCUAUGAGAAUACUGUUUAUAUUAUUUAUUUAAUCGAAAAAUAAAUUUUUUUUACCACUGAACAAAAUAUGUACAUUGACAGUUUUUAAAAAAUAUAAAUGAAUAUGAAUGAAUGAUGGAAGACAGAUUGCAGUAAGCAGUAUGAAAAUGUUUAUUAUAAAAAGCUGAUUACAUUUACUGUCAAAUACAGUAGUUCAUUGUACAGUAGAUUGUCAAAGAAAUCAUCUUUGAAAAGCGUAUUAUCUUCCUUUAAUAUACAAAAGGAAGGAUUUUCUUUUUUUCCAGGAAUAUGAAAUAAAUUAUUACAAGUCUUUCAGAUUGAUUAGGAAAUCUGUUUUUUUAUUUUGUCAAUAAUUGGUUGCAAUUUGGUAGCUUCAAAGAGAAGCACUCUCCUGUAAGGUAUCAUUUCAUCAUCUGACUCAGUCCACGUUCCAGACAAAGCACUAUCUGUCUCUUUCUCAACUGAAAAUUCAAAACUGACUGUUGCCUCUUCAGCAAAAAUUUCUUCCUCUGGAUUGCUCCAUAGAAUAGAUGGUUUUUCUAUAUUAUCUUUCUUUUUCUGUUUCAAUUUUUUGUCUAGUUUUACGUUUUCCAUUUUAUAGAGUUUGCAGAUUAAUACGUAGUACGAAAAGUUGAAGGGCACCUUUCUAGUGUUUGCUCUUUUUAUGUCAGAAAUUAAAUUUUCCAGAAGUGGCACAGAUAUUUGAGCUGGAAUAUUUACAAAUCUUUCAUUAAUUAAUAAACCUAAUACUUCGGUGUCAUUUUCAAGAACAUGUUUUAUCAUUGUAUUUGCUGCAUCUGUUGCAUGUUCAUUUGCCAUUUGUCUUAAUAAUUCUCUGAGUUGUUGCACACAAGGAUAAUUCUGAAAAGAUAAAUUAAUUACUGUAGUAAUACCAAAUACAUCAUUGAUAUCAGUAUCUUCAUUGUCAGACUCGUCUAAAUCUGCUGACUGUUUAACAACUGAACCCACAUGGUUUUCACGGAUAAUUAAAUCUGCCAGACCACCUAAAUCAAUAUGAGCUUUCAAAAACAGUUGUUGUAAUAAAGUUUUAAUGCCAUGAUAAUCCGGAUCCACUGGAUAUCUUCCUUCAAAGUCCACUUGAAUUUCCAUUCCCUGUUCAUCUAGUUGUUCCUUCUCGUUAUCCUCACUGCCUGACGAACUUUCGUCAUCAUCGUCGGGGAAUUCGAAAUUUCGCUGAAUUUCACGCUUCUUGACCGGAGCAGCCAUUGUCACAGACUGAUACUUCUGUUGCCAACAAAUAUAAAUCACAGCAUUGUAAUGUUAUAAUCGAAUAAAAUACUUCUUUCUGUGUGUAUUAAAUAUCAACUUUAAUAUAAAGUACACAUUUCAAUUAGUUCC